AUGGCUAAAUGUUCAUUCCGACAAUUUACCUUUCUGUUGUUUAAUUUCUUGUUUUUGUGCCUUGGUCUGGGACUGGUAGGAUUCGUGGUCUGGACCUUAGCGACCAUUCCUGCUGCCAACGAAUUCAUAUCUGGUACACAUGUAAUCACUUUAACAAGCUUUUGUCUCGGUUUUGUGAUCGUCAUUAUCGGAGGUAUCGGCUGUGCUGCGGGUUUCUGCAAGGGAUUAUGUAUGCUGAAAACGUACGUGGGACUUAUGGUUACCCUGCUGUUCCUGGAACUUGGUCUUGUGUUCUUCAUAUAUUCUGAACAAUCACAGAUACCAAGCGUCAUGGUCGACUCCUGGGAUGGACUCAACACAGACACACAGUAUCAGAUUCAGACCGAGUUGAAGUGUUGUGGUAUACAGAACUACACAGAGUACGGAACGGACGUGGAAUCCUACCCAUCUAGUUGCUUUGUUGUGUAUGACGUCACAGGCAUCAUCGAAAAAACAGUCGAUAAUCUCUUUACAAUGAGCUGUCUGACUCAAAUGCAGACCUGGUUGAAUGACCACAUCCCAAUAUGGUCCUCUGUCAUCCUGGUCAUUGCUGUGAUAGAGUCCUUGGGUGGUCUCACUUCCUGUAUAUUCCUACAAAGAGUUCAAAAGAAGCUGAAAGUCAAACCUAAUGAGGAUGAUGACACACAAAAUAUAGACAAGAAAAUGGUGGUCAUGGAGACAGGCUCGUCAAAAGAAAAAGACUUUGUUGAUACGGAACAUGAAAAAGAUGACAAGGGAAUAAAUGUUCCUGGUUUGAUAAUUGUGUCCCCAGCCUCAGGACAGGAUAUAAAAGAUAAUGCUUAUAACGAUUACCUCAACGAGAAAAACGAUGAUUCAUCAUCAACCAAGACUAACAACGAGGUCAAAGACGAGAAUAAAUUUGAUACUGCUUCAAAUCCUAGUGCGGAAGGAUCGUCGCUAUUACUGAUUGCUUCUAUUUCAGAUGAAGAAAAAUACAUUGAAAAAAGUAAGGAUGGUGUGCCUGAGGAUGAGGUUGAGACAAUAGUUCUGACACAAAUCGGUCAAAGUGACAUAACGAACGAUAGUAAAGAUGAAAAGGAAGACUACGUUUCUAAUAAUAGUGCUUCAAAUCAGUCUUCUCUUCUGGUCGAGUCUGUAACCAAGGACGAGGCUGUUGUUACGAUGCCAACUACGACUGCGCCCGUUCCAGACGAAGUGGAAACAAUAACCUUAGAUCAAAUGACACCCUAUGAUGACAAUGACGACAACAAUGAUCACAAAAACGAUGACACCACGUCUAACCGCAGUGGAUCUGAUCAUACAAUGCCACAGGACGCAUGUGCUCUAAACAGAGAAACAUAUGCCGACAAGGAGCCCGAUGCUUUCGAGGAAACCGAUGACAUCGAAACAGUAGCUCUGACACAAGAUACUAACUUUGAUGUGAAGGGAAAUAGAUAGGGCGAAGAAGACGACAAUAAUACUUCAAAUUAAAGUACAUCUGUGUACAUCGAUAACUUCUCGAUAACGGUCGCCUCUGUGUCAUUAUCAAAAGCGAACUUUUAAACGACCAUUUACAUUCUCUUGUACAAGAUGAAGAAAACACCAUAGUUUUGGAUCUGACAACAGUCAUCUAGUUGUAGGGAGGAAAACAAAGAUGAAAACGACGGGGACAUUAUUUCUACGUGGUAUUUCAUCUUACCCUUCUUUGUGACUGGUCGUAUCUUUCCAAAUAUUGAUAUCGGGGUGAAGGAUUAUGUUGUUGACAAUGAUGUUGGGACAGUAGCCUUCUCAAUCAACAUCUUCCUAUGAUAAAAAGAAUGAUAAUAAAGAUAACGUCAUAUUCAAUCAAAACACAUCCCGUGAUUUGAUGAUUGUCGCCUCUGUGUCACAUUCUGAUACGUUUGCUUAAAAUGACCCAUGUGAUUAUGCUGAUAUGAGAAAAGAUGAAACAAAGAAAUACAUUAAUUUCCUCACAGUGCUUCAGACAGGUUUAAGAUUCUUCUUGCUUCUUGGUCAGAGGCAGGGGCGUCUACUGAACACGGAAUUUCUAACUUCAAGAAAUACUUAUGACAACAGUGCGACAAUACUUCUACCGAAAAUUGUGGAAAGCGAUAU